GGGGAGCAGCUGACAGGCUCAAGAGCAAAUCACAGUGGGCAGUUGAACAGCAGCCAGAGCCUGAGGAAGCCAGCUCCUGGGAGGAGGAACAGAAGCAGAAGGUUAAGCACCGGUCUGCCAAGCUCGGCAAGAUGGGCGACUGGAGCUUCCUGGGGGAGUUCCUGGAGGAGGUCCACAAGCACUCCACCGUCAUCGGCAAGGUCUGGCUCACCGUCCUCUUCAUCUUCCGCAUGCUGGUCCUGGGGACGGCCGCGGAGUCCUCCUGGGGCGAUGAGCAGGCCGAUUUCCGGUGCGACACCAUCCAGCCCGGUUGCCAGAACGUGUGCUACGACCAAGCCUUCCCCAUCUCCCACAUCCGCUACUGGGUGCUGCAGAUCAUCUUCGUGUCCACGCCGUCUCUGGUGUACAUGGGCCACGCCGUGCACACGGUGCGCAUGCAGGAAAAGCAGAGGCUGCGGGAUGCCGAGAGAGCCAAGGAGGACCGUGGGCCUGGGGCCUACGAGUACGCGGCGGCCGAGAAGGCCGAGCUGUCCUGCUGGCAUGAAGGGAACGGGAAGAUCGUCCUCCAGGGCACUCUGCUCAACACCUACGUCUGCGCCAUUCUCAUCCGCACCACCAUGGAGGUGGCCUUCAUCGUGGGCCAGUACCUCCUCUACGGCAUCUUCCUGGACACCCUGCACGUCUGCCGCAGGAGCCCCUGUCCCCACCCGGUCAACUGUUACGUCUCGAGGCCCACGGAGAAGAACGUCUUCAUCGUCUUCAUGAUGGCCGUGGCGGGGCUGUCUCUCUUUCUCAGCCUGGCUGAGCUCUACCACCUGGGCUGGAAGAAGCUCCGACAGCGCUUCAAGUCGCGGCAGGGCGCGGACAAGCGCCAGCUCCUCGGCCCCUCCGCCAGCCUCGUUCAGGGCCUCACUCCUCCCCCCGACUUCAACCAGUGCCUGAAGAACAGCCCCGGCGAGAAGUUCUUCGGCGACUUCGGCAAUGUGGGCUCCCGCAAGAACCCAGACCCUCUGGCCACCGAGGAAGGGCCAGGCCAGCCGCAGGUUCCUGGGGAGGGCUUCAUCCACAUGCAGUACGGCCAGAAGCCCGAGGAGCCCAACGGAGCCUCCCCCGGCCACCGCCUUCCACCCGGCUGCUACCACAGCGACAAGCGCCGCCUUAGCAAGGCCAGCAGCAAAGCAAGGUCAGAUGACCUGUCCGUGUGAUCCACCGGGGCUCUCAGGAGGCUGAGGCAGGGGCGAAGCAGUCCUUGGUGACCGCUGUGAUCCUUCUGUCCCGGCUCUGGAUGGCUUUGCUCAUCAGUCCUCAAAAUUACAGUUCCAAGAGAGUUCUCAAAGACAGGACUACUCCUCGGGUCCCGUCCCUCCUCAUCCUAUACCAGUAUUUGCUGAAUAGAGUGUGGGCAGGGACGGGAACCAUGGCCUGGGAGGACAGACACGAGGAUUUAACACCAGCAACACACCCCAGACAGACUCCCGCCCUGACCCCCAGUCUUGGCUUCUUUGGUACUAGGCCUAUCCUUUUUUAUUUUUAUUUUUUAAAGGAAGAGACCAAGGUUGAGAGAAUUCAUUAAAUAAUUUGCAUUGUA